UGUAUGUACGUAAAAUAUGAUUGGGCGAGACGUCAUUCAUUCACCUUGGUGUGCGUUGGUGCGCGCGCGAAGGUCAGAGUAGGUCAAAUUAGAUAGAUUCGAGUGGGUCAGAGAAUCGAGAUUGAUUUGUGUCAAGGCACGUCUGACAGAAAGAAGUUUUUCUUGCUGUAGCUUGCACGUUGCAUAAAUAUCAGCUGUCACGAAGUGUGCAGACGAGACAGACGAUGGGACGCAAAUUCUUUGUUGGCGGUAACUGGAAGAUGAAUGGCAUGAAGAGUGAGAUCGGUGAUAUCAUCACGUUCCUGAAAACUGGUCCACUUGAUCCUAACGUUGAGGUUGUAGUUGGCGUUCCAUCGAUAUAUCUUACAUAUGUGACUUCCAUUGUUCCUGGCAAUGUUAGCGUCAGUGCGCAGAAUACAUACAAAGUUCCUAAAGGAGCAUUUACUGGUGAAAUUAGUCCAGCUAUGCUUCUGGAUAAUGGCAUUCCUUGGGUAAUUCUUGGCCACUCUGAGCGUCGAAACGUUUUUGGCGAAACGGACGAAUUAAUUGCAGAGAAAGUUGUACAUGCUUUAGAAACUGGGUUGAAAGUGAUUGCAUGUAUAGGCGAGAAAUUGGAAGAGCGUGAAGCAGGAAAAACCGAAGAAGUAGUUUAUAGGCAAACCAAGGCAAUAGCAGACAAAAUUAAAUCUUGGGACAAUGUGGUUUUGGCCUACGAACCAGUGUGGGCAAUUGGUACAGGUAAAACCGCGACACCGCAACAAGCGCAAGAGGUUCAUGAAAAAUUACGAGAGUGGCUAUCCAAGAAUGUCAACCCCAAUGUUGCACAAACUUUACGAAUUAUCUACGGUGGUUCCGUGACAGCAGCCAAUGCCAAAGAUUUAGCAAAAGAGAAGGAUAUCGAUGGAUUUUUGGUUGGUGGUGCUUCACUCAAACCCGACUUCGUACAAAUCGUCAAUGCUCGUUGUUGAAUGUACAUGUUGACGAAAAAACAGUAUAUUUGUGAGAUUAUAUCAGAUGAAAUUUAUUCUAUCCGGAGUAUGCGCAGUAAGUUGCCUAUUCCAUUUGAAUAUAUGUAUCUGUUCCUGAUAAAAUGUAAUAUUACAAAGGAAAGUUCUAUUUUCGUUUAUCAUGUUAAGCUCUUGCAACAUAGCUACUAGAAAGAUUACUCGAAAUGUUGCAUUAUUGUUGGACAAUUGUACAUGAUGGACUCUUGUAAUUAGAUGUAUUUAUGGUACACCACAAAUGAUGUAUCGUAAAAAAAUUAAUUGUAUAUCUAGUGACUUGUGGUAUCAUUGAUAUAUGAUUAUGAUUAAAACAAACUCAGAAACAUCUCAAAAAUAAUAAAUAAAUGUAUUGGA